AUGGGAUACUUUAGUAAUCUACUUGGUGGUGGCAGCAACAGCAACAAAGAUAACAAAGACAACAACAAAGACACACAUAAUGAUGAUGACCUAACAGAUAAUUCAACAACUUCUACUUCAUCAACAACUACAACUUCAGAUAACAAACAACAUAAACAACAACAACAACAUAAGACAACAACAAAGAAGAAGAAGAAUGUACAAGAGGUAGAGGAAUCAGAGGAGAAGAAACAAAUGAGAGAGCAAUACAGAAAAUAUCAAGAGAUGGAGAUGAGAAAGCAAGAGCUUCUGAUCGUCGCAAGGAGGGCACCAGAGCAUCUGGAGAAUGUUCAUCGUAAAGAGUACAACAAGAUGAUGUUGGGCGACUUGAACACUCCAAACCCCGACUCGGCAUUGUGGCUGUCCGGCACGGUGACGGGAGUCAUGGGCUUCCUCAUUGCCAACAGCUUCGUCAAGAACAACCCGAUUCGCGGCCUCAGGAUGUUUGUCGUGGUCGGCACGACCUUUGCCACGGGAUACUGGGGCGCCAACACAUACUACAAGGCUCGCGGUGACGAGAUCGAGGAAUUCAGAUCACGAAAGAUGGACUAUGAGGACGAGCAGACAUUCAUCAAGACGGCCGUCCAACCAAAGAUGUACAAGAACGUACUGAAUGCAAUGGAGAAGGACUUGGACGAUCGCAUAGCUGCCGAACAGCAGAAUAGCAUGGCGAAUCAAUAA